ACCCUGAGUGUUUUAACAGGGAAUAUUUACAGCCUAGCAGCUCGGAAGAGAUGAUUGCACUAAUUUUCUUCUCUGCCCUGCUGUGGGACGAAGCUCAAGCAUGGGGAUUCAAGGAUGGAGUGCUGCAUAACUCUAUUUGGCUAGAACGAGCAGCUGGGGUGUACCACCGGGAGUCACGCUCAGGGAAGUACCAGCUCACCUAUGCAGAAGCAAAAGCAGUCUGCGAAUACGAGGGAGGACACCUAGCCACCUAUCAGCAGCUGGAGGCAGCGAGAAAAAUAGGUUUCCAUGUGUGUGCUGCUGGCUGGAUGGCCAAGGGCAGAGUUGGUUACCCCAUAGUAAAAGCUGGAGCCAACUGUGGUUUUGGAAGAACUGGGAUUGUGGACUAUGGGAUUCGCCUCAACAGAAGUGAGAGAUGGGAUGCCUACUGCUACAACCCAAACGGAAAAGAAUGUGGUGGAGUCUUCACGGAUUCAAAACAUGUUUUUAAGUCACCAGGCUACCCAAACGAGUAUGAAAAUGACCAAAUUUGCUACUGGCAUAUCAGAGUAAAGUAUGGACAGCGGAUUCAUCUCCAGUUUCUGGAGUUUGAUGUUGAAGACGACACUGCCUGCAUGGCUGAUUACUUGGAAAUCUACGACAGCUAUGAUGAUAUCAGCGGUUUUGUGGGCAGGUUUUGUGGAGAUGAAUUGCCAGAUGAUAUCAUUAGCACAGGCAAUGUUAUGACCCUGAAGUUUCUGUCAGAUGCCUCAGUGACUGCUGGUGGGUUUCAAAUUAGGUAUGUUACAAUGGACGUGCCUUCCAAGGCAGGGGAUGCAAAGAACACGACCUCCCAAGGAAGAACAAACUUCUUAUCAGGAAAGUUUGGCAUUAUGUGAGCAGAACAGCAUGGUCCACUCACUGGGAAACACAUUUAGAACCCAAUUCAGAUACCUGUUUCUUCAGAUCAGACAGGGACAUACGGUCAUUUUCUUCAUAUCUUUCUGACUUUUUAUUGUCUAUCAGUUUUGAUAACAAAGUAUACCAGGAAAUAAAUUAUAAGAUGUAUUUUUAGAUGACAAGUCCUGUUAAAAAAAAAAAAAAAUUCAUUGUUACCAAAGGCUGUAGAACUAUUUUUGUAUAUACAGUGUUCCUUUCCCUCACCUCUUGCACCAUUUGAACAAACUUUUUGUGCAAGCAAUGUUUCCAUUAUUAAGUCCUUAUUUCCAUGGUUUUCACAUAUUUAUUUUUUAGACUGUUAUUUUUUUAUUAUUAUUAACUCAUUCCCCUGAAUUCAAAAGGCCUUUAGAGUCUUCUUGUUCUAAAGACACGUGAAUUCAUCCUGUGGAUGGCCUGGUAGCCACCCAUGCCAUUGACUGGAGCCUGAAGGUUGUGCAGCAGCGUGAAAAGCACAGGAUCCAUGGCAAUACCAGUCAUUUCCUUGUGGGAUGGAUCAGAGAUCACGCAGCACAUUUUGCUGGGGUCUCCUCAUGCAGAGAAGAGGUGGCCAAGUCUCUUAUCUUGUCCCAUUGCACGUGGUGAAGAACUGAAUGGGAGACUUGCUGAGAUGGAGCGUCAGAAGGAAUUGUUGCCAAGAAAUCCAUUUGCAAGACACCACUGUGAUGCUGUGUGUUGUUUACGUGAGUUUUGAGAAGACUGUGCUACUUUGAAUUGCUAAACUACUCCACAUUUGUUCUCAUCUUCAGUUUAAAUCCCGCGGUCUGAAGCAGCAUUAA